ACAGUGUUGUAUUUGUUCAGUUAUUUGGAUGGGGAAAGGGAAAAGUUUUUGUUGGAAUUGAAUAAGAGAUUGGCGUCACUGAUCAACCAAUCGCGAUUGAUGAUUUUUAUCAAAGGGGAACCCGAUGCACCCAAAUGUGGUUUCACCAGACAAUUGCUGGAGUUGUUAAAGGAUCUGAAGGCUGAUUUCUCGUCGUUUGACAUUUUGAGCGACGAAUCGGUACGUCAAGGUCUUAAAGAGUACAGCAAAUGGCCAACUUAUCCGCAGAUCUAUUUGGAUGGUGAGUUGCUCGGCGGUUUGGACGUGUUCCGUGAGGAGAUCUCAGAUAAAAGUUUUGUUGAGAAACUCCCAAAAAUCUCAUCGUAA